AUGUUUGGCGAUGUCAACAUCUCAGCUAUUUUGGACUCUCUGAGUGUCAGCUACGACAAAAGAGUGAGGCCCAAUUAUGGCGGACCACCAGUGGACGUUGGAGUCACCAUGUACGUGCUGUCCAUCAGUUCUCUAUCUGAAGUGAAAAUGGAUUUCACGUUGGAUUUCUACUUCCGUCAGUUCUGGACUGAUCCGAGGCUUGCAUACAAAAAGCGCCCAGGUGUUGAAACAUUGUCAGUUGGAUCGGAAUUUAUUAGGAACAUAUGGGUGCCUGACACAUUCUUCGUUAACGAAAAACAAUCCUAUUUUCACAUUGCAACAACAAGCAAUGAAUUUAUACGUAUUCACCAUUCAGGAUCUAUUACACGAAGUAUAAGAUUAACAAUAACGGCCUCCUGUCCCAUGGACCUACAAUACUUUCCUAUGGAUCGUCAACUGUGCAACAUUGAAAUCGAAAGCUUUGGCUACACCAUGCGGGACAUCCGUUAUAAGUGGAAUGAGGGGCCCAACUCCGUAGGCGUAUCAAGUGAGGUGUCCCUGCCGCAGUUCAAGGUUCUGGGUCAUCGACAACGAGCUAUGGAGAUUUCUCUUACGACAGGAAAUUACUCCCGAUUGGCAUGCGAAAUCCAAUUUGUGCGUUCAAUGGGAUACUAUCUAAUUCAAAUAUACAUUCCGUCUGGUUUAAUUGUGAUCAUAUCAUGGGUAUCAUUUUGGUUGAAUCGGAAUGCAACACCCGCACGUGUCUCUCUUGGUGUGACCACUGUGCUGACCAUGACUACCCUUAUGUCUUCAACUAACGCUGCUCUUCCCAAGAUUUCGUAUGUUAAAUCCAUUGAUGUUUACUUGGGCACCUGCUUCGUAAUGGUCUUCGCUAGUCUAUUAGAAUACGCUACUGUUGGAUACAUGGCUAAAAGGAUUCAAAUGAGGAAACAACGAUUUACUGCUGUCCAGAAAAUGGCUGCCGAGAAAAAGAUACAUAUCGAUGGCCCUCCUGGCACGUCUGAGCCACUUCCACCGCCUAGAACAAGCACACUUUCAAGACCUGCUCCGCCUAGCCGCUCAUCGUCGUACAACCCUCACACACAGGAGGUACGCUUCAAAGUCCACGACCCGAAAGUAUAUUCAAAAGCUGUGACUCAUGAAAACACGAUUAAUGGUGCAAGAGCCCCCCCACCGCCAGCCCCAGCUGCUCCUCCCUCAGAAGAAGAAAUACCACCGCAUCUACUACAAGCAUCGAAGAGUAUCAACAAGCUGCUUGGCACGACCCCUUCGGACAUCGACAAGUACUCGCGCAUAGUUUUUCCCGUUUGCUUUGUCUGCUUCAACCUAAUGUACUGGAUUAUAUACCUUCACGUUUCGGAUGUCGUAGCUGACGAUCUGGUACUUCUCGGGGAAGAACAUUAA